CCAAGAUGGCGGGCGCAGGGGGCGUGGCCAGUGAUGUUGUCUCCGAGCGCUAUGGCGGCGGCAGUGGAUCCCAGUUGGGAGGACGAAGAGGAGGAGGAGGAAGAAGAAGAGAUAGAGGAGGUUGAGCAGUUUGUUCUGGUUGAACUGUCAGGAAUUAUCGAUUCAGACUUUCUCUCCAAAUGUGAAAAUAAAUGCAAGAUUUUGGGAAUCGACACGGAGAGGCCCGUCCUUCAGGUGGAUAGCUAUGUGUUUGCUGGGGAGUAUGAAGAUACUCUUGGGACCUGUGUUAUAUUUGAAGAAGGUGUCGAACGGGUGGAACCAGAAGGGAAUGAGAAGACGGUGCUGAAGUACAAAUGCCACACGAUGAAGAAGCUUAGCAUGACGAGGACUCUCCUGACAGAGAAGAAGGAAGGAGAAGAAAACAUAGACGGCGUAGAAUGGCUGCAGAUGAAGGACAAUGACUUCUCCUACAGACCCAACAUGAUUUGCAGCUUUCUCCAUGAACAUGACGAUGAAGCUGGAGGGCAGGCCUCUGAUAAACCUGUGGAGUUGGAAGACCAAGAGAGUCCCCGGAAAGGCAGUGCAGAGCAGGAGGAGGCGCAGCGCUCUGAGGCGGGGGACCCUGGUCGUGCAGGGGAUAUCCCUGCUGAGAUGGAAAGCUCCCUUUUCAUGGGCACUCAAGAUGCAAGUGUUUCUCAAAACAACCCUUCGUGACCUUUAAAGCGGUGGUCUUGUGUACAGUUACUGCUUAGCUGUGUUGGCUCGCAGUCCUGUGUGAUCAUGACAGUACCGUACGCAUCUCCAGACACAGCACAAUUUAGUAUGCUAGAGUCGUGCAGGACCACAUGGGGAUUCAGUUCUUAUAACCGAAUACAUAGUUAAAAACACUG